AUGCCGAUGCUAAACAAUUUAUCUUCUUUACCGAAUCUUUUUUCAUUAACAAUCGAAACAUACAGUGUUAAAGAACAAAUUAAUGAUAUCUAUCGAUUGAUAUUUAUCUUACCUAAAUUGAAAUAUUAUCGAAUUUCUUCUUUUAAUUAUUAUCGAUCAAUUAUACUUCCAAUAGCUAUAAAUAAUCAAUUCAGUCCUAUUGAACAUCUUGUUAUUAAUCAUUAUUGUUCUUUGAACGAACUUCAAUCUUUAAUUUCUUAUACACCACAACUUCGUCGUUUAACUCUUCAUAAAACAGAAACAAAUGAUUUAAAUGUGACGAUAUUAUCAUCAACAAUUACAUUAGCUAAUCUACAAUCGAUUUCUUUGGAUUUAUGCCAAACAACAUUUAAUGAACUGGAAUUAUUCAUUACAAAAAUAUUUUCAAAUUUAAAAAGUUUAUCUAUUAUUGGAUCACGAGAUAUCACUUUUCUUAAUGCUUAUCGAUGGAAAAAAUUAAUUUUAAAUCAUUUUUCUCAAUUAGAAAAAUUCUAUUUAACCUACUAUGAUGGUAUUAAUAAU